GGAAAUUCUGAAGAAAUAGUUCAUAUGGGAGUAUUCAAUGCAAAUUCAAUUUUACAGCAUAUUACUAGGGAGAGUAUGCCUCUAGUUCUUGAUAUUGGAAACGGAUUUACAACCGAUUUGGUUAUCAGACCAGAACCAACUUUAUUCCUUAUUUACAACUCAAAUUACAAAACUUCCCCAGAAUUGCGCACCUUAUUUUCUUUACUUCCAAGCAAACUUGGAAAUAAACUUAAAAAUAAUAUAAAACUUGUUGAACUGGACAAAGCACAUUCUUUGCCAUUGGAAGGGCUUUUAAUUGAACUUGGUUUGAGCAAUAAAAAAGAAUUUAAAGAGACUGCUGUAUUUUGCGUGUUACUUGUAUCUUCAAUUCAUUGCGUACCAGUCCCAACUGUUGAAUGGUUCAGAGAUGAAUUUACAAAUAAUAUUGUUGAAUUGCUAGGGCACGCUUUUCUAAAGACAUCUGACAAUAAUGAAAAAAUUACUGAUGGCUCUUGGCAACGCUUUUUCCCUCACAAAAUCGACUUUGAAAACAAGCCACAUCCACUCAUGCAACUUCAACUUGAACAGAUAAACAAAAUUUUUGGAGGACAACAAAUAAAAAUUAAACCAGAACCGAUUAGUGAACAUCACCAUAAUUUGCAUAAUUUCGAUGGAAUGGAUAACGAAAAAGCAGCAAUUUCUGGAUGUCCCAUGAUGGCCCAUUUAAAUAAUAUACGCGACGAACUUUAG